GUGAUAUGGAAGAAUUUUCCGAUAUACCUCAAGACGACUUGCCCGAAAAUGAGACUACAGACAUACCCAUAUUCAAUGUGCCAGAAACGGUCCUAGAGGGACCAACUAUUCCACAGAAAAUAAUCCCACCUCAGCCAGAGCGCCAUAACAGAGUAGCCGAUAGAAAGAAUAAGCUUUCACCUAAUACCAGUAAAGAUAAGAAGGCCAGUAAUCAGGAUGAUUCGACUCAGGCACUUUUCGACUAUAUGGCAGAAGAUACACGUGCUCUGGUCGCCCCAACAUCUGGUACAUCCGAGACUUCUAAAAGACCUGAACCAGUAAUCGAUGAACCAGAGACUUGUAAGUCACCCAAAUCUAUUAAAUCUAGUAACGAAGUAUCAUCUACCAUACUUCUGGCUAGACAAGAGCGAGAAGAGUGUCUCAGGAAAUGGGCUAUCGAUCAUGGCGAAGAUCCAGACGUAUUCGUGACCAUCACAGAAAAAGAUAUCAGACUAUCUCAUGAAUAUAGGGACAGAAUGAUGUCGGACGCAGAUGCCAUCGAUUUCGAGAAAGAAGACGGUAUGAAUGUAAACGAUAUAUUUUAUAUGUCUAGGAGAGAAAGGCUAAUAAGUGAAGAAAUAUAUCUCCGCAACUUCGAGAAUGCAGGUAAGCUCCGGACAUAUGUUUAUGACGAUGAGGAGUGGCAAAAGGGUAUUAGCAUACUUCAAAAGAACGGUCACCUAUGGUAGGUUUGAUAUCGAC